CCUCAACCCCAGCACUUUGCCUCCUCCUACGUCAAGGCGCUCCAUCUAAACCUUGAUAACUUAUCCAAAUUCUCAGUGGUAUUUCUUUGCGUCAAUUGUACUAUAGCAUUUGAGUCUUUCUAUCCAUAACUCGUCUUUUCGCCAAGGCAUUGGCAUAGGUUGCUAUUAUGCCUUCCGGAUCGCAAUCCUCCGGCCCAACACCGACAACUACGUCACAGUCGCAGGGUAAACAGCCAAGGUCAAGGAAAGCUGCAGCGGCCAUACCUCAGCAACCUGCACCCGGCAGAGCAGGUUCGGCUGGCGGCAUCGUCCUUGAAAAGGAGCAAUCCAAGAAUAACAAAUCGACAACUGAUCCAAAAAGCAUUACUGCUACUUCAUCUCCCGCAAAAUCUAUGAACGCUACAGCAGCAAAGAGUGAUGAAAAGGGUAGCGAGGCUGCAGGGACCAACCGUCCUAAAAGGCGUCCCAGAAAACUGAAUAGGGAACCGGCUUCUGAUAAACCUUCAGUCACUACUAAUUCUGCGACUACCCUUGGCGAUCCCUCGACCUCGUCGGCCGCUGCAAUAGAGCUAGAAGCGCUGAAGUCUCGCGUCCGUGGCUUGGAAGCCAAAGUAGAGGAGCUGUAUUCCUCUACAGAAGGCCGCACCGGGCGGUCGCCACGUCGAAGAGGCAAAGGCCGCAAAGGUUCUUCUACCAAUCAAGUUCCCACGCUCGCAUCCACCGCCGGACCAACCCCUGUGGACGGUGAAGAGGAGAUUGCAGAUGAGGAACUCACACGCCUCGAGGAUGAGCUCGAGGAUGCUCGUCGGGAUCUGAUGCUAUACCAACCCCGCACUCGUCCUCGCACAAAGCGAUCAACAUCUGGGGAUACUGAAUAUGUGGAAGAGAUACCACGGGAUGGUAGUCGCACCGUUACCACGGGCGAUAGGCAGGUGACCCUCAGCGGAAGCUAUAGAAUUCCGUUGCCUGCAACUUUAUCCAUGGACGAUGUCAAGAGCAUUCAAAAUGGUGUUUCGGCGGCUCAGAAUGUGGCCAAGUCUUUCAUGGACCAACGCCGUGCGGCACAGACGGCACGAAACACUACUCCUCCAACUGCUGGCUCCAAGUCAUCGACCAAAGCAUCCGCGUCCAAAGGGUCAUCAGCCCCCACAGCUGAAGCUGACAGGGAAGCCUCCGGCAAAUCUUGGGGUGAGUGGUUUGGGGGAUACAGUGUCGCUAUUUCUAGGGCAAUGAAGAAUAUUGAAGCCGAGGCGGCAAUUGAAGGCCAGAAGGCCGCUCAAGCUGGGAGGUCCGGAAAGGCGCCAGUAUCGAAAAAGGCUUCCAGUGGAAAACCUGCUGCGAGGCCAGGGUUGAAGGGGAGGCAAAGCAAUCUAAGCAGUGAGCAGGUGCAAGGCUUGAUGAGUUAA